AUGUCUCAAGAAGCCAAGCCUGCUACCCCCGCACCAACAUCCGAGGAGGGCCCUAAGCCCCCUACCGCGUCUGUGUUCACAAUGUUCGGUGGCAAGAAGGCGGACGACAAGAAAGCUGACGACAAGAAGACCGCAGAGGAGCAGACGGGCGCGAACAGCGACAGCAAGGCCGAGGACGCGGCCGCCGAGGAGGACGCGGUGGAGUCGCCCGAGGUGCACUUCGAGCCCGUGGUCACGCUAGAGAAGGUGGAGGUCAAGACCAUGGAGGAGGACGAGGAGGUGUUGUUUAAGGUGCGCGCGAAGCUGUUCCGUUUCGACGGCGAGGCGAAGGAGUGGAAGGAGCGCGGCACGGGCGACGUGAAGUUCCUGCAGAACAAGAGCACGCAGAAGGUGCGCUUGCUGAUGAGACGUGACAAGACGCUCAAGGUGUGUGCCAACCACUAUAUCUCCCCCGAGUAUGUGCUGAAGCCAAACGUCGGCUCUGACCGCUCCUGGGUGUACUCGUGCACCGCAGACGUGGCGGAGGGCGAGCCUGAGGCGUUCACUUUUGCCAUCCGCUUUGGAAACAAGGAGAACGCGGACAAGUUCAAGGAGGCCUUCGAGCGUGCACAGGCCGAGAACAAAAAACGCUGA